AUGUGGUGGAGAUACAUCUGUGGGGAUUGUCGCUGUUUACAUGUGUUAAUUUACCAUCGAAAAUGGGCGGAUGAUCGGUGCGUGGAGCUCAUUAAUUCGAAUAGUGAGGUUUGGGGAUUUGUGUUGGUGAAGGGAUUUGUGUGGGUUUCUCAUCGUCGAGGGGACAGGUGUGUGCACGACUGGGAACAAACGAGUUUUGAUUACACGUGGGGAUUCAGUGAUAACGAAGUGCGUCGGAGAGGAAGAUUUUUGGACGGCAUUGGGACGCUACGACUCCCGCCAAAAGUACAAACGGGAGAAGCCAUUAGUCCAGGUGUAAAUAAAGCGGAAGUCAGCGAAGUAUCCACCCAUUGAAGUGGAAUAUUCCAAGUAAGGGCGUCAAGUGGAUUAUCACUGAUACAGACAAGCUGGCGUGAUUCGCGUGCGUGAUGUGCAUUAUAUCGAGGUUUCGUCUUGAUGGGCUGACCACGGAAUAUAACGCGAUGCUCCUGCCCCUGGAUAUUUCCCACUGUCUCGUCGAGAUAACAGCAACGCUCUGUUGUCUUGCCAUAUCUGUUGACUUCAAUAGCGUCUGGAUCGGCACGACUCAAGAGAACUUCGUUUGUGUGGCCA